AUGAACGGGACCGCCCUCUCCAUCUUGAUUGAGGCAACUCGUGCGGUUUCCCGUUCCCUCAGGGGACUUGCUGACACCUUGGACUUGGCUGCGGCCCGGGCGGAAGGCCUUCCUGGCCCUGAAUACUCUGGCUACCACGAAGUCGCUCGUGCUUUGCUCCCUUUGCCUGAGCAUUGCUUGGAUUUGUGCCGUCGCCUGGCAGGUUCUCCAACUGAGGUUCGUGCUCGAGCUCAACGUGCUUGGGACGCUGGUCAGUGGGCAAAGGCCACUCUUGAGAACAAGGUUGCCAAGCCGAGGCCUACUCCAAAGUUGGCAUUGCAAGCUACGUGCUACAUUAUCCUUCGAGGACCAGGCAUUGAGAGGCCAGUUCGAGUGGCAUCAUCUGCGGAGUACUUCAAGAUGCCCGCCGAUGUCAAGUACCUGGACCAGGGAGUGUUUAUGUUGCAAGUCCUGGGCCUCGAUUUUGCAAUAUUUGGUUUGGAGGGUGUCAGAGAAUGCUUUGCAGUACCAAUUAUGUCGAGGGCGGCUGGGACGCUCUUUGCAGUACCAGUUGGCUUCUUCCCGGAGGAGGUCCUGUCUGGAGGCUCGGAGGCUGCGUCGGGGGACUUUGUAGGUCCUUCCACAGUGGUCACUGUCUCUUUGGUUUUCGAGGAAGAGGAUGGCACGGAGUCUCAGACUGGAUUGGAGGCUUUCUCUAUAGACAACCCCGACUUGGUCCCCGAUGGAAACUCCCUCAUGAAGGAGGUCUACUCGUGGUUGGAGUCAGCUACAGAGGGGAGAGCCCAAUACUACUCUGCAGAGGAGCCCCCGCCGCAAACGGUGAUUCCCAAGCAAUCCCGGCAGAAGAACAGGGCUCCAGUUGGUGGGGCUUCCCCGCCGAAAAGAGUGACUACCGCAACGUUGGCCGAGCAACUAGCAGAACUUUCCAAGAGCAUCCAUGCUACAUCGUCCCAAUUGGAGACUAUGGCACAGCGGCAAGACCGGAUGGAGAACCUGCUCGCAUCCCCUGCGGCUCCGGCCCAACUUCCGGUUCCAGCGCACCAGCGCCCUUUCCAGACGGCGGCUCCAGGAAAUCCCUCUCCCCUGCAAUUCAUGAGAGGGGUCGGCACUCCCCCCAGAGUCCGGACUUUCCAGGAGAAGGCCACCAGGACUCCCCUCGCCCCAGAGGUUCCAGAGAUUCCCGAAGACGAGCCACUCGCCCUUCCAUCAGAUCCAGACUUCGUGGCUGCAACUGCUCCUACUGGCAACAAUCAGCCCAUGGAUGUGACCUCGGCCAUUUUCCAACAGUCCCAAGCUCUCUCAACCCUGGUGGCACACUUGGUAAACCAGGAUGGGCUGGCCGAUUUUGCUGGAACUGGCAGCUCCUCAGCCAUCUCCCUGAAGGGGUCAGCCAAGAGAGACAAGCUCAUGAUGGACCUGGCUAUGAGGAAAGGCGACUUCUUCCUGAAGGUGUCUCAGAAUGCCUUCCGUCGCUUGAAACCCACAGAGAAGAUGCCGAGGACCUUGGAGGAGUUUGCCGGCAAACCGAUCUUUGCGAAGUAUGCGGAGAGGAGUGGUGGGUUCUCUGGCCAGAGAGAUUUCGGGUUGAUGAUGUGGCUACUAUGCCAGAUUGGAGAUGCCAUGAUCAAUGGAGACAACAAAGGAGCACAGGAGUUGCUGGCUCUAACCUUGGUGACGAUCGAGCAGGCUGCCCAAGACAAUGGCAAGUGGGAGGUUGCAUGGAUCCUAUCGCUUCAGGAGGAUCCCCCUCCGGGCCUCUUCAUGGCAAGGCCAGCCUCGACAAAUCCGAGGCUCAGGGCUUUCUCUCCACUAUGCCCUCCAGAGUGGGCAGCAACUGCGUUGUCCUUUGUCAAGGAGGUGGAUAUCAUCAGCACCCGACGUCAGGAGGCCCUCCCAUCGAAGAAGACUCAGAAGCAAGGGGAGGAGGCCGACAAUCCCAAGAAGAAGCCACAGAGGAGGUGUGGCUCCAGGCAGAGAAGGAGGCUUAUGGUUGAUCGAGCUUUCCAUGUCUGCAUCAUGGCCUUGAACUUCUGGCACGCCGACUUCAAGCAUAUUCCUGUGGAGUCGAUUGCGAAGGAGCCAUCACCGGCCCAAGCCCAGGCCCUGGUCAAUUUGAAGAGGAUGUUGAGGGCAUUCGGUAGCUCCCAGGAAGAGUUCUCUGUUCCAAAGAGCGGCCGUAGACUGACAUCUUUGAUCGCGCUCCUCUCUGAUCCUUCUGAGUUUGCUACAUGGAGAGGCAUCGGAGGUAGCGCCUACUCUCGAUCCUUCCCAGGAGCACCGGAUAUCGGCAAGAAGGAGACCUACGUGCCUAGGAAUCUUUCACGUGCAGAGGAGCUUCGUCCAUAUCGAGCUCUUGACCCCGAUAGGAACUUCCUCUACCAUCGGGGCCUCCUGACUACAGAAACAGAGCUCAGAGCAGACUGCCCCUUCUACGGCUCGAACCUUGCCACAGGCCUGGUCAUCGAUGAUUACUAUGCAGUUUCGAUUGAGGAGAACAGCUGUCCUAUUUGGAAUCCUGACCAGACAUGGACUGGAAGGUCGCAGGCUGCUCAGCUGCUGCAGAAAGCAACCACUGCCUAUGAGGAGGCUGGACUUCUGGGAUCUCCUGCCAAGGACAUCCUUGAUGAACAGAAAGCUUGCAUCAUGGGCGCUGAGAUUGAUGGUAGCCAAGCUGCACGAGAGAAUGGGGUGGUCACUGUUGGUGCCCCUGUUCACAAGCGCCUCGCCCUUGCCUAUGUCUCCCUCACCCUGGCCAAGAUGCGGUACACCACUGAUGCUCUCCAUGUUUGUUUGGUUGGAGGAUGGGUGAAUGCUGUGCUAUACAGAAGACCUGCAAUGUCGCUCCUCCAAGAGGUCUACAAGAUCCCGCUGUCAGAAGUGUCCCAAGACUCACCUAAGGUGAUCCGAUUGUCAAGAGGUAUGGCUCAGGAGCUCAUCAUGCUGGCAGUGCUUUGCCCUUUCCUUGCUACUGACAUCUCUACGCACGUUCAGGAACAAUGCUAUGCCACUGACUCGUCGGAUGCGAAGGGAGCUGUGGUCUCAUGCAAGGUGCCUCGGAACAUUGCUAGAGCUUUGGUGCGCACUGGCAGGAAGAAGACGACCUACACGAAGAUGCUGGCAAAGCACGAAGCCGUGCUCAAGAAGAUCGAUAUUGAUUUUGAGGAGGCUGACAUCCCGAAUGAUGAGUUCGCAGAUGACUCCUUCACUGCUCCAGAUCGACCACGGGCCUUUCGCUGUCGAGCUUGCGCCUCCAUCUUGUCAGUGCUCUUGGAUUUCAGCUUGGGCUUGGAUUUUAUGGACUUUCAGCAUCUUGCAAGAGCCGCUGGAAGGGGAGACCUCGAGUUGCCCCAGGGGAGACCAGUCCUCCCUGAGACACAGAAGCAGCGAGACAAGCUCCUGAGCUACUUUUCGGAUUGGCUUAGGGGCCAUGGGUUUGAGCUGGAAGAAGUUUUGAUGGCAGCCACGCCUGACCUCGAGACCCUGAACACACUGGUUGAGAAGUACGGGCGUGAACUUUACAGGUCAGGUCGACCAUAUGGACACUACUCCGAGACGCUCAAUGCGAUCUCGGGAAAGAGGCCACGAGUGAGAAGACACCUCCAGCCCGCGUGGGACCUUGCCUACGCAUGGCUGCGCCAGGAACCGCCGGCGCACCAUCUGGCACUUCCUUGGCAAGCGCUCCUAUCGCUCAUCUCCACGUCAUGGACAUGGGGCUGGAGCAGGGUGGCAGGUGUCAUCGCCCUUUCAUGGGGCGGAAUCACCCGCAUUGGAGAAGUGCUGUCAGCGUGCAGGCGGGACUUAAUCCUCCCAGGAGAUGUGGAAUGGUCCAUCAACUAUGCCCUCCUGCAGAUCGCUGAGCCCAAGACGAGAUAUAGAUGCGCAAGACACCAAAUUGCACGGCUUGAUCAGCCGCAGCUCCUGAAGGUCAUUGAAGUGGCGUUUGGUGGCCUGCUGCCCGAGCAGCGGUUGUGGCCUGCUUCAGGCCAAACCAUGAGGCACCGGUUCCAAAAGCUCCUCCAAGCAAACAAGUUGGAUACUUUGCCAGAGGGCAUCAGCCGAGGCAUUGACCUCGGAUCGCUUCGAGCAGGGGGAGCCUCUUGGUUGUUGAUGAGCUCGGAAAACUCCGAGCUCACGAGAAGAAGGGGCAGAUGGAUCACCUCCAAGGUCAUGGAGGUGUACGUGCAGGAGGCAUGGUCUGUGCAGUUUCUGCCUCGCCUUCCGCCAGAAGUCAAGAAAUUGAUUUGGAAUGGUGCCCAGAUUUUUCCUUGGGCUCUGGAUCUUGUUGUGGCUUGGCACGAAGCCAAGAUUCCGGAGUCAGCAUGGCCAUGUUUGUUCCUCCAGGCCUCGAAAGACUUUGAGCUGGACCACUUGGGUGCGAAGAGUUUGGGUGGUGCAGCCGCUGCCGCGGCUGUGUGUGCAGCUCCAAAAGAACCGUGA